AAUCGGUAAGAUGCAGUGCAGCUUCACAUGGCAACGCUGAGUAAAAGAGCCCCAGCCCUGCUCUCCGAUCAUUACUCAAGGAAAAAAGAAGGCUCAAUUCACACUCACAUGAGCCCCAAUUGAUUAGCAUCACCGUUUACGACACCGACCGGGAUAGAAUGCAAAACCCUGUCGCCAAGGUUGCCGUGGUGGGAAGCGGAAUUUCAGGGUCCGUUUGUGCCGCUACUUUGGCAAGGAAUGGAAUUUCAGUGACCCUUUUUGACUCUGCCAGGGGUCCUGGAGGCCGCAUGUCUCAAAGAAGAGAGAUAAGUGAAGAUGGGAGAGAGCUGUUAUUCGAUCAUGGUGCUCCUUAUUUCACAGUGACAAAUCCCGAUGUGUUGAGUGUUGUUACUGAGUGGGAAUCAAGAGGCCUUGUUGCGGAAUGGAAAUCGAAUUUUGGGUCUUUUGAUUGUUUCACCAACAAAUUUGUCAACACUGAACACCAGGAAAGAGAAAGCAAGAAGUAUGUUGGUGUGCCUGGAAUGAAUUCCAUUUGCAAAGCAUUGUGCCACGAGCCUGGAGUAGACAGUAAGUUUAAUAUGGGCAUCGGGAAGUUUGAGUGGUUAGAACACGAGAAUCUAUGGUCAUUGAUAGGUUUGGACAGACAGCAUCUUGGACAUUUUAAGGGAGUGGUGGCAUCAGACAAAAACAUUGCUUCACCAAGGUUUACAGCGAUAACAGGACAACCACCCCCUCUUGAUUUGAGUUUGGCUCCGGAGUUAGUGAAACUGCACGAUAUUCCCAUUUAUCCUUGUUUUGCUCUAAUGCUAGCAUUCAAUGAACCUUUGUCUUUGGUACCCGCAAAAGGGUUGUCAUUCACCAAUUCUAAGGUUUUAAGCCGGGCAAACUGUGAAAGCAGCAAGCCAGGGCGCUCUUCCACAAGUGAACGAUGGGUAUUGCAUUCAACAACGGAGUAUGCCAAGGAUGUGAUUGCUCAAUCUGGCCUUGAGAAACCUUCGAAAGAAACAUUAUCGAAAGUGGGGAAUGAGAUGCUCCAAGAAUUCCUCAGCACAGGUCUCAGUAUUCCACAGCCAUUUUUCAUGAAAGCUCAUAGAUGGGGAAGUGCCUUCCCAGCAGCAAGCAUAGCCAAGGAAGAGAAAUGUGUGUGGAGUGAAAAGAAGAAACUGGCAAUCUGUGGGGAUUUCUGUUUGAGUCCAAAUGUUGAAGGUGCAAUUCUUAGUGGCUUGGCUGCUGCUUCUAAGCUUAAAGGCUUAAUCAGAACCCUAUAAUAUAACCUUUGAUUUUCUUUCCCUUGAUGUUGGCUGCAUGACAUGAUUAAACAUGAUGUAGGAAGAGCAAGGUUUUAAUAUUACCAGCAAGGGCUUUGGGAUUUA